AUGAGACAGCUCAUCAUUGGAUUCCGACGAGCAGCAGCAGCAACGGGCACGGCUGGGACGGCAAGUGUAUUUGUGCUACCCUGUCAGCAGCAUACAAGGCUUGUCUCGCGCACGAUCGCCAACAGUGCAGCGGCAUACAUAAAGUCGUCGACAACCUGUUCCUUUGCUCAGACCGCAAUAUUGACGCAGGGUGUAAAAAUGUUGGGCUCACGUAAAACCUUCACAGAAGAUUUCUUCUUCAGACAGUUGUUUGAUGAACAAUCACAUACCUACUCUUACUUGUUGGCGGAUAUCACGACAAAGGAGGCCAUUCUGAUCGAUCCCGUAUUGGAGCAAGCAAAGCGAGACGCUCAGUUGAUCAAGGAGCUUGGAUUCACGCUAAAGUAUGCGCUGAAUACUCAUAUGCACGCGGAUCAUAUAACUGGCACCGGAUACUUGAAGCAACUGCUACCAGGGACGGUAAGCGUAAUAUCGCAAAAUAGUGGUGCCAAGGCGGACAAGCAUCUGGUGGAUGAUGAAACGGUUCAAUUCGGACGGCAUGUGCUCAAGGCAAUGUGUACACCCGGACACACGAACGGUUGCAUGACGUUCGUGGUGCAGGAACAAGGCAUCGCGUUUACCGGAGAUACGUUGCUAAUACGGGGUUGUGGUCGCACGGACUUCCAGGAAGGUGAUUCUCGAAACCUGUACCGUUCCGUGCACGAGCGCAUCUUUACAUUGCCGGAAAAUUUCCGCCUUUUCCCAGCACACGAUUACAAAGGUAACAUGGAAACUACUGUUGCGGAAGAAAAGCGUUACAAUCCCCGGCUUACCAAGGAUGUGGAAGCCUUUGUGGAGUUGAUGAACAACCUAAACCUGCCUUAUCCCAAAAUGAUUGAUAAAGCGGUCCCAGCCAAUCGGGAAUGUGGCCUGUACGAUAUACCGAAGGAGGCAUGA